AUGUCAGCACCACAAGGCAAUGGAGGCGUUCAGAUUCAGGUGUCAGAACAACGUACACCUGUGGCCAUAAGCAUUGCCAAUUAUUUAUACCAAAACCCAAUCAUGAAGCAAAGAACUGGGUUGUUAAACAACACCACUGAUAUUGAUUUCUUCCGAUACAAGCGGUUCGAAAGGGCGUUAUUGAGUGAUGACUACAAGAACAAACAGCAAAACCCCAAAAAUGGAUUAAUUCCAAUUAACGAUGCCGUUGAAGUGCAAAAAGUGUUGGUCAUGUUGAUACAAAACCAAAUGUUAUUACCGCUCAACAAGUUACAUUAUGCUGACAUCAAGGCGGUAAAAGGGUGGAAGCCAAACAAGCAAAAGCCAACUUUGAAAAGAUCAGACAAGGCCGUGAUUGAUCCUGAUGCAUACUAUGGCUGGUUGUACCAAAAACCAAACCCAUUCAUUUUGUUAUAUAGUAUUUUGGCUAUUGCUGGUGUGUUCGCGGUGAUCUUGUUCCCAUUGUGGCCAAGAAUUAUGAAGAGAGGGGUAUGGUAUCUUUCCAUGGCUGCUUUAGGAUUGAUUGGGUUAUUCUUUGCUACUGCUAUUGUAAGGUUAAUUAUUUAUAUUAUCUCUUUGGUGGCAUUCCCUAAGCCAUUCUGGUUAUUUCCUAACUUGUUUGAAGAUUGUGGUGUGCUUGAAAGUUUCCAACCAUUAAAAGAAGCAAGAAGAGUAAUGAAGAUGAUGAAACAUUUCUCCCAAUUAAACCAACCAAGGCCAAUGAAACCUCUGGUUCCAAGACCAGUUCCACUACUGCUGAAAAGAGAAAGGUUACCUUGGAAGAAGUUGAAGAGUAAAAAUGUAUAUAAAUUUUUAUACUACAAAUUUAAUCUACAAAUUUAA